UAUGCCUGUCACCCCGAUCCGUGGUAAAAUGCCUGAUAUGGCAAGUAUAGCGACCAUUUUGGGAGGACAUUUCGACCAGGACACGGUAAACCGAUUAACUGGCUUUUAUUCAACUUUAAAUUCGAUCCCCAUCGGAAAGCGACGAUGCCGCGAAAUUUUCUGUACCACCAAUAUGAAGGUUUUUGCCAAAUUCAAGGAAAACCGCCCAUGAACCGAUCAUCCUUAGGCAAAACCGUGAUGGCGUUGUUUCCCGGUCUGCAGGCUCGCCGAUUCGGCCACCGCGGCAAAUGUAUUUACCAUUAUACCGGGUUGGCGGUAAAUCCUAACGGAAAAUUUGGCGGGAUGUUGCAAAAAGAUUCUGACGACGAGCCGGCACCUGAACCGGUAGCCUUUCGCCAGAAACGAGCAAGUGUCCCAACUAUUAUUCAAACCAAGAAGCGGAAAGCCCCUUCAGCGACGGUGGCACCAUCUGUUCAGGAACCUCUGCAACGGUACAGCAACAUGGAGCCGGAAAAGCGGUGGGCCUUAGCGCAACAACAGUUGAAAAAGCUGCUGCGCCCGCACUGCAAUCGCCGGCUCAUUCCGCUACAGCUGCAGCAUGGAAACCUAAUGGACACCGUGUAUACUUUGACAUGGAAUCACGGCGCACUGCCUUAUGGACUACAUCCAGAGGAUAUUUUUGCCGUUCUCCGCGAUUUCCGUGUUCACAUCGGGCUGUUAGGCCACUCUAUUGCUAAUGGCAUAUUACUGGCUAUCCCCGAAAUUCUGGGGAAUUUCUAUCUCUGGCAUAAUCGAAGCUUACAGAUUCCAGCAACCUCCCAACCGGAAAAAUUCCAUCUGGCUUUGCAGUGGCAGCCACUGACCGAGGUCAUCGGUCAGUGUCUGGUUGACCUGUACGGGUCGCUAACCCAACAACUUCUGCCAUCGAUGGACGAGCCGCUUAACGAACGAACACUGCAGUUUGUGUAUGAAUUCGCCAGCAAAUAUGCUGAAUGGGUAAAGGCGGUCGCGAGCCAGCUGUCUGUCCAGAUGCAAGUGGUCUUGAAUGCUGCGGCCAUAACGUUUUGUCAAACGUUGAAGCAGUUGACUGCCAUCAACAGGACAUUGGGGAUUACUCAAGAAGUCAAAACUGACCCGGACGUGAUCCACAAGGAAUUCCAGGCUAUUUGCGAGCGCUUUAUCCUGAUCUCCAAUGUAACCCACCCGCCGGCCAGCAUUCUUAUUGCACUCCAUAAUUUAGCCAUCAUGGGACCGCUGGCCAACAGCGUUGCCCUCGUGACGCGAUGGCGCGGCUGGCUAAACAACACCAUCGCCUUCACCCUAGAACAGGCCGAGCAGUCUGCGGCUGACGUAUCCCCGGUGGAGGUCGUCUCGCUCAAAGAAGCCACGCUGUCUGGUUUGCGGGAAAUCUGGAUGGGAUUCCUAACGGAAAUUCAGAAACUUGCCGACAGAUCAGCGAAGGAUUGCUCUUCACCGUUGUCGCGCAUUCUCGACUAUUUUCUGCAGUACACCAACUAUAUUAUGGACCAUUUUAUGGCCAAUUUGCACGGGACGAGCUUGCUGCAGCACGGUUACGAGACAAGCAAAGGUGUUCUGGAAAGCACGGAUUACCUUCAUUUGCCGGCAAUGCCUAUAUACGACAUUAGCUUCUUUUCCCGGCGUUUGAUUGAUCACACACACGUCAGCGUGUACGAUGUCCAGUAUUACAGCCAGUUUACGGAGCUGCGUCGACUGAUUUAUGCGCCCGACGGCAUGAACGACCGUGAUUAG